CUCCAUUUCUAACCACCCACACCACGUAUCCCUGGUAAUAACGUUCAAGGACAAGGAAACAGUCUUGCGUUUUUUUUUUAAAUUUUAUGUUUUCUGCCGCGUGCCCCUCCUCCACGCACACUCGGGCCGGCUGUGAAUGUUACUCACCCACCCACAGUGCGCCUGCUGCACCGGACUUGGCUGACCGGACUUGCACGGGCCUGGAUGUCUCUUUCCCUCCUGCCUAGUCCCUCCUAUCCUGGGAACAAGCUGGGGCAGGGUCAGAAGUGAGAGGUUUUCCCGGAAGUUGGGCACCUGAGGUCCCUUCUUUGGAUCUGGUGCUGUCUUGCCAGACCAGCUGGAGUAGGUGACUCUGGGCAAGGCAGGGCCCCUUGCAGGUUGGAGAGGGUUGGGUUGCCCUCAGGGACCCCAUGCAUGCCAGGCAAUAGGAAACAUCGCUUUUCCUUUGGAACAGAGGGCUGCGGGGUCUAUCAAGGAGGCAGGGCAGUGGUCAUUCCUGGGGGCUCUUGAGGGUGGGAUGGUGCUUCAGGAUCCAGGAUAGGACCUGAGGAGGUGGUGAAGUGUCUGAAGAACAGGUGACAAGACUGGGUUCUUCAGGUGACAAGGCUUGGUCUGCGGUAGCCUGUGGUUGGAGGAGAGGACGAGAUGGUUUCCAGGGGAAGCCUCCUAAUAGGAGCUACCGUUUAAUGGCCACUUACUGGGUGCUGGGCACUGAGGUCAGCAGCUGCAUGGAUCAUCUCAUGGAAACAGGUUUAGACCAGUGAGGAAAGUGCCUAAGGUCACAGAGCUGGAAGGCAGGAGAUCCACCCAGCAUUUGAAUCCUGGUGGAGCAGACCUGGAGCUCCAGUUACAGGCCGAGAGGAGGGGCACCCAUUUGCUCUCGGCCAUAGGCUUCUGUCACCUGGGUUAAAAUCUCUUCUGCAACCUCCCUCGAAAGCCCUCGGGUCAGGCCCAGGCUGGCCUGCCGCAUGUGAUGCAAGUGUCUGCUCCCAGGGAAGGCGCAGCCAUGGCCUCCCUAGCGCCCCGCGAGCCGGAAGAGGAGCUGGUAUCCGCUGGGUCCGAGCGAGGUGACCCUCGGGCCAAACCCCCUGUCAAGCCCAAACCCCGAGCCCUGCCUGCCAAGCCAGCCCUGCCUGCCAAGCCCAGCCUGCUGGUGCCCAUUGGGCCUCGGCCUCCCCGGGGUCCUCUGGCCGAAUUGCCUUCUGCCCGGAAGAUGAACAUGCUGGCAGGACCCCAGCCCUAUGGCGGCAACAAGCGGCCCCUUCCGUUUGCGCCAAGGUCUGCGGCCGAGGCCCUGGCUGGGGGAGAAGCCACUCGGGAGCCUGGGAGAGAGGAGCCUGGGAAAGAAGAGACGCCCCCCUUGACCCCUCCGGCCCGGUGCGCUGCCCCCGGGGGCGUGCGCAAGGCACCCCUUCCCUUCCGCCCAGCCUCGGAGCGCUUCGCUGCGCCCACUGUGGAGGAGAUCCUGGCCAAGAUGGACCAGCCCAGGAAGGAGGGCCCGGCUAGCCCCGACCGCCUCUGGGGCUCCCGCCUCACCUUCAACCACGACGGCAGCUCCAGAUACGGUCCCAGGAGCUACGGCGUGGCCCCAGGCCCCAGGGAAGACGCUGGGACCCUCUCCAAGGAAUGGUCCCAGGAGGGGCCCGCGGGGUCUCCUGCCGACUGCCCCGAGGAGCCCAGCAAGACCCCCGAGCAGAGGAAGUCCCCCUCAGACCUGACCUUCAAUGGGGACCUAGCCCAGCCGGCCGUCUCUGAGCCCACGACCGACGUUCUCAAGGUUCCCUGGGUGCCCCCCAGUCCAGGCCCCACCUUGGAGAAUGGAGGCGCCCCUGGCCCGGGUCUCCCCGCCGAAGCCUUGGGUUCGGGCCCCGAGUCUCCUCGCCUUGACUCCCUCGAGCGGGGCUCUCCCCCCCAACCCCACCGUCCAGAGGCCCAGAGCCCUGCUGCUCCUGGGCCUCCCUCCCUGCCCCCCGAGACUCUGGGCUCCCCAGCUGCGGGCCCCCCCGAGGAAGGCUCCCACCACCCACCCGCGAGCCCAGGGGUCCCAGCUGUGGCGGCCUCGGAGGCCCCCAGACCCGGCAGCUCCCCGGUGGGGGAGCUCGUGAGGCACCCCAGCCCCGAGGGGUCCCCAGCCACAGCGCCCCAGCCCCUGACGGCAGCGGGUGAGCUGCCAGACCUGCCUCGGACGUUUGCAUCCGGGGACGGGGCGGCCCCGGGGGAUGAGGACUGCCCUGCCGGCGGUCUGGCCCAGCGGCGAUUUUCUGAAGGCGUGCUGCGGCCUCCCGGCCCAGACCGAGAGCAGCUGGGGGGCUCGCUGGCCACCCUGCCCCAGGCCCCGGGGGGCCUGUCCGCCCUGGACCACCCCUUGGGGAGCGGGACCGAGUCCAGCUGGAGCUUGUCUCAGUCCUUUGAAUGGACCUUCCCCACGCGGCCUGCAGGCCUUGGGGUGUGGCGGCUGGACUCCCCGCCACCCUCCCCCAUCACCGAGGCCGCGGAGGCAGCAGAGGCCGCAGAGGCUGGAAACGGGGCCGUGUCCGCCUGUGAGGAGGCCGGAAACUGGGCCGCGUCCACCUGCGAGGAGGCCGGAGGUGAGGCUGCAGAGGCCAGAGAUGGGGCCGCGUCCACCCGGGAGGAGCCUGGAGGCGGGGCUGCAUUCACCCGGGAGGAGGCCGGAGGCUGGGCCACGUCCACCAGGGAGGAGCCCGGAGACGGGGCCACGUACGCCCGCGAGGAGGCCGGAGGAGGGGCCGCGUUCACCCGCGAGGACCCCGGAGACUGGGCUGCAUCCGCCUGUGAGGAGGCCGGAAGUGGGGCUGUGGAGGCUGCGGAGGCCAGAGACAGGGCCGCGUCCACCAGGGAGGAGGCCGGAGGCGGGGCCACGUCCAUCCACGAGGAGGCUGGGGACUGGCCCUCGUCCACCCGGGAGGAAGGCGCGUCCCAGCCAAGGUCAGGGGCCCCGUCGGCUGCAGAGGGACCAGGAAGACCUGCUUCUCGGGGGCCGGGGGACGACCCGAGCUCCUCCCCGAGCCCGACGGGCAGUGGGGCGGACUAUCCUCUGGAGUCCUCACCAACAGCAGGGCACCCACCUGCACCAGCCUUGCCGCAGGUGGAGACACACGGGGAACGGGAGCCCCCUCCGCCCACCCGGGAGGCCGCCCUGCGCGUCCUGGAGCCGGUCCUGGGACAGGAGCAGCCAGCGCCCCCGGACCAGCCCUGCGUCCUGUUUGUUGACGCCCCCGAGCCUGGGCAGGCGCUGUCUGCCGAGGAGGACCCCGUGGCCCUGGCCCUGGCCGAGACCACCCGAUCCAGGACAGCUGUUCAAGAUCCCUGCCGGGCAUCCCCCGAGCCUGCGGGGCCCGAGAGUGGCUCCCAGUGGCUGGAUGACCUGCUGGCCUCGCCCCCGCCCAGCACACGGCGCGGCGCCUCGUCUGAGCUGAAGGGCGCUCCGCCCCCCAGCGCCUGCUCCGAGGGACUCCUCGGCUGGGCCCAGAAAGACCUGCAGAGUGAAUUUGGAAUUGCAGGAGGCCCACAUCCUGGUGGUUUCCGGCCUUCCACCUGGUCCCAGGAUGCUUCUCGGGACUACGGCCUGGGAGUUGCAAGCCCUCGAGGGGACCCAGGCCUCCGAGAGAGGGAGUGGGCCAGCGAGUGUGGGCAUGGAGUCGGGGAGGGGGGCUCUGGGGAAUGGGCUGGCAGGCGUGCCCUCGACUGCGAGGAGGGCGAGGUCGGCGGCCAAGACGGGCGUGGAGCGGGGGCCACAGGGAGCCUCGGCACCCAGGACCGGGCGAUUGGGAAGCCUAGCGCUCCGCAAAGCCACGAGGUGGACCUUCAGCACUGGGAGUUCGGGAAGAGGGAUUCCCAGGGCACCUACUCCAGCCGGGACGCAGAGCUCCAGGACCAGGAGUUUGGGAAGAGGGAUUCCCAGGGCACCUAUUUCAGCCGGGAUGCAGAGCUCCAGGACCAGGAGUUCGGGAAGAGGGAUUCUCUGGGGACCUACAGUGGUCGGGACGCAAGCCUUCAGGACUGGGACUUUGGGAAGAGAGAUGCCUUGGGCGCCUACGCGAGCCGGGAUGAAGAGGGGCAGGGUCCGGAAUCAGGGCAGAAGGACCCGCUCGGUAGGUACAGCAGCAGCCAGGAUGCAGGGCAGCAGGACCCGGGGUUCAGGAGGAGCGACUUCGGCAGGAGCGCCUGGGUGCCGGACUACAGCGGCGGCCUCACCCGGGACUUCGGAGCCAGAGCCCUGAGCGCUGGGUUCAGCCUCGAGGAGGCCCAGCGGCAGGACACGGAGUUUGAGAAGAAGACCCCGGGCCGAGUGAGCCCCGGGGUGGCUGGCAGGGACGCGGGCUGGCCCGAGACCGCCGAGGCGGGGGGUGUGUUCCCUGCCAGCGGCCCCCAGCUGCAGGAUGGGGAUCCGGGGCAGAGGGACCCAGGCGGCUGGCAAGGGGGCGCUGACUCCCGGGAGGUUGGGGGCCCGCAGGCGGGGGGCUCCCGGAGCCCAGGGGAAGCUGACAGGGAGGGGGCGGAGCGGGGCUGGGCCGGAGACUUCGGCCUCAGUGUGGGCGCCCAGCCAGAGGCAGCCUUCGGCCCGGGGCGGCGGGGUUGGGGCAGUGGCUUCUGUGCGGAGGCCGCGGAGCAGAGCCCCCAGUUUGGGAUAAUCGGCGACGACAGGGCAAGUGGGGCCGGCCUGAGCCCUUGUGGCCAGCUGGGAGGCGGCCCCUUCCUGCCCCCCGAGGGGGCUGUGGGCUGGACUGACCAGCUGGGCCUCUGGAACCUGGAGGUGUCCAGCUGUGUGCGCGCCGGCAGCUCCGGCGAAGCCAGGGAGGAUGGCGUGGGACAGACGGGCUGGGCAGACCACGCGGGUGUGACUGAUGCAGGGCUAGUCCGCCGUUCGCAGAGUGGAGGGGCGGAGGCCCCCGGGGGGCUUGGAGUCGGGGACCAGGACUGGACUUCUGAGGUUGGAGGCCCCAGCCAGGCCAGAGAGGGUGGCGUGGGGCAGACUGACUGGUCGGGCGCGGAGGCGGGAGAGUUCCUUAAAUCGAGGGAGCGUGGAGUGGGUCAGGUAGACUGGACGCCCGAGCUGAGAGACCAAGAGCUCGGGCCUGGCGGGGUGGACUGGGGCGACAGUCUAGGCCUGAGGCAUCUGGAGGUGCCCUGUGAGCUAGACUCGGAGAGUUCUCAGGGGCCGCGGGGUCGCGGGCUGGACCAGGUGGACUGGGCUCAGGACUCGGAGCUCCGGAACGUGGAGCUCCCGGCUGAAGCCAGGGAGUGUGGCGUGGGGGACAUCAGCCAGCCCCUGGAACCAGGUGUGGGGAAUGAUGACCUCUCAGCCCCCGGCUUGGAGGCCCGAGGCCCCUCGGAGGCCAGGGAGCUCGGGGUCGGCGAGAUGAGUGGGCCGGACGCCGAGGACGGAGACCCCUUCCUGCCGCUCGUGGUCAUCUGCCGGGAGGAGGACGGAUACGGGCUUCAGGAGUCCCCGGCCUUCGGACCCAGCCCUGGUGAUCACCCUGCCCGCUCCCCACGCAUGGGCUCCCAAGGCCAGCCGGGUGAGAGGCUGGCUGCCCACAGCCCCGAGGCCACGGCCCCGCAGGAGUCGGCAUCUCUGGGGUCCAGGGCCCUGUCAGAGGAGGAAGGGGCCGCAGCAGGUGCGGACCGAGUGGAGCCCCGGGAGUCCGGCCAGGACCCCCUGCCUUCCUGGAGGCCGCAGCCGGACGGGGAGGCCAGCUGGACAGACGCGGUCAACAGCACCCGGGAUGCCACAGGGGCCAGUCAGGGCGAGCAGACCCCCCAGGGGCCGCCGACCAGCACCCCCAGCCAGGAUUUCUCCUUCAUCGAGGACACCGAGAUCCUCGACAGCGCCAUGUACCGGAGCCGUGCCAACCUGGGGCGCAAGCGUGGGCACCGCGCCCCGGCCAUCCGGCCCGGGGGCACGCUGGGCCUGUCGGAGGCUGCAGCGUCGGACGCGAGGCUGUUCCAAGACUCCACGGAGCCACGGGCUUCACAGACACCGUCCUCGGAUGAGGAGGUGGUCGAGGAGCCUCAGAACCGCCGGACACGGGUAACCAAGGGCCUGAAAGUCAGCCUGUUCCCCGGCCUGAGCCCGUCGGCCCUGAAGGCCAAGCUGCGCUCGCGGAACCGCUCGGCUGACGAGGGGGAGCCCUCAGAGGGCAAAGCGGGCCAGAAGGAGUCGAUGCAGCGCUCCAAGUCCUGCAAGGUCCCCGGGCUGGGCAAGCCCCACGCGCUCCCGCCCAAGCCAGACAAGUCCUCAGGGUCAGAAGGAUCAUCGCCCAACUGGCUGCAAGCCCUGAAGUUGAAGAAGAAGAAGGUCUAAGAAGUCGUUGAGGUUCUUCCCGUCUGGCAGUCUCAGGCAGUGCCCAUCCCUGUGGGGUCCCCGGCAGGGAGACGGCUGAGCCUCCCCGGCCACAGCCUCUGCCCGUCCGCCUCUGGGGGCGUUGGGGGAGGCCCCGAUAUGCACUUUGUAUCAGCGUCCCAGCUCCCUUGCACUGCCCCUCCCCACCGGUCUUCCACGGUGUUGGUCCCUCGUCCCGCCUCCCUCUCUGCUUCCUCCUGCAGCCCCCCUUGGGUUUUCUUUUGAUACCAGUUUAUAGCCUUUUUUAUAAAAGCCUUUGAUUUUUGUAACGGGUGGAGCCCAGCCCCACCCCACGUCUCCCUCCGCCCUGCCAGGGGCCCCACAGAAACCAAUAACGUUUUGCCACUUGAAACAAUAAAGUUUUUUGGGAAUUGGU